CGUUUUUCAGUUUUUGGGAAAUAAGCAACGCGCGCUCCGUUGUUUGCGAUUGAAAAAACAUAAACAUAUAUGUAUAUUGCCGAGGAUCCAUAUUUUCGGUUAUUGUAAAGAACUGAUUUGCUGAUUUCAGAUCAAAUUCGCUUGAAACAUUUCCCAAUUUUGUGUAUUUUUCGGAAGUUUCGCUUGAAAGGGAAGAAACCUAAAAAAGAACGGAAAUAGUUAAUAACAAAGUGCGUGAGCUUUUUUAUUAUUAUUUUUUUUUGUGUGCGACCGUGGUGAUUUACCCCAGUGUGUGUGUGUGUGUGUGUCUGAUGUGCAUCUCACUUGUAUUUGUGGCUGUGUAGGUCAAGGUGAAGCAGCUGCACCGUUAGUUUUCCGCCCAUUGAGUGCAGUGUGAAUAAAUAGUGCAGAACUAAUGUUACAGCAGUAGCACCCUGCAGCAACAACAGCAACAACAACAGAUUGUGCAACCUGCAACUUGCAACACACAGGCGAUAAAACGGCGUUUCUACCGCAGCGUCGCCUCUUCGGGGGCGGCAAUGUGCCCCCCUCGGCGAGCAUGAAGCACCAGCCGCCGCCCCCGCCACUCCCCCUCAGCCAGCCGCCCCUGAUGGGCGGUCCAGUUGCUGGGGGCGUGGCCAGUGCCAUCAGCAGCAUCAACGGCAGCAACAGCGUCAUCAGCAACAACAACAACAGCGAGACGGUUAAAUGUCGUCCACCCAUUUACCCCAAACCUAAAACGCCCUCGUUCGACAAGGAUCGGGAUUACAUAGGCUUCGCCACCCUUCCAGAGCAAGUGCACCGGAAGUCGGUGAAGCGGGGCUUCGAGUUCACUCUGAUGGUGGUCGGCGAGUCGGGGCUGGGCAAGUCCACCCUGAUCAACAGCCUCUUCCUGGGGGAUCUCUACAAGAACCGACAGAUGCCCAAUGUGGAGGAGCGGAUCGAGAAGACGACGAAGGUGGAGAAGAAGACGAUGGACAUUGAGGAGCGGGGCGUCCGACUCCGGCUGACGGUGGUCGAUACCCCGGGAUUCGGGGAUGCCAUCAACUGCGAGGACAGCUGGCGGGUGUGCACCCAGUACAUCGACGAGCAGUUCCGCCAGUACUUCACCGACGAGAGCGGACUCAAUCGACGCAACAUCCAGGAUAACCGGGUGCACUGCUGCCUCUACUUCGUCCCGCCAUGGGGCCACAGCCUGCGACAGAUGGACCUCGACUUGAUUCGACGGCUGCACCGCAAGGUAAACAUCGUGCUGGUGAUCGGCAAGGCCGACUGUCUCAACAAGCAGGAGGUGCGCAAGCUGAAGGAGCGCAUCCUGCAGGACCUGGAGGACAAUCACAUCCAGCUGUACCAGUUCCCCGAGUGCGAUUCCGACGAGGACGACGACUUCAAGCAGCAGGAUCGCGAGCUGAAGGCCUCCAUCCCGUUCGCCGUGGUCGGCAGCAAUACCAUUUUGGAGGUGGCCGGCAAGAAGGUGCGGGGUCGCCAGUAUCCGUGGGGCGUGGUCAACGUGGAGGACCCGGAGCACAGCGACUUCAUCAAGCUGCGCACCUUCUUGAUAUCCACGCACAUGCAGGACCUCAAGGACACCACGCAGGACGUGCACUACGAGAACUUCCGGGCGCAGUGCAUCUCGCAGAUUUCGCAGCACGCGCUCCGCGAGCGGGGAAAGUUGAAGCGGGACUCGAUUAGCUCGACCAACGGAUUCGAUGCGGCCAUCUCGGAGACGGACAGGCUGCUCCUGCAGAAGGACGAGGAGAUACGGAGGAUGCAGGACAUGCUCACCCAGAUGCAGGAGAAGCUCAAGCAGACCCAUCUCAUGGAGAUGAAGAAGAACGACAGCGUGAUCGACGUCUAGGGAACGGGAACGGGAACGUGUUCAAUUUUGCACCGCGAUUUAUGCAUCUACCUAAUAUGUAGGACCCACAUCGUACCCAGAGACAUCCUGGAGCAGCUGCAACCAAAUCAACUUUGUUCAUAAGCUAGCACAGACCUUUUUAAAAAACCACAUUGGAUAUACAAGAAGAAACACAACCAAAAUUAAGACAACGACUCCCCGAUGCACAAAGAAAUCGGACAAAAAAGAACUUCAGACAUCACAGCCUUUUUCAAUUUUGUAGCCAAAAUAACGAUUUCUUUUAGGACUAACGAUUUAGUGGAACACAUUUAUCUUGAGAAAUUAGCUAUUGAUCAAUAUGAUAACGAUAUUAUACCAAAGUUUAGGGAGUUUCAAAAACGUAACGCAAGUAAAUUUUUAAUGGAAAAGAUCAAGAAACCACAGAGGCACAUAGAGGAAACAGUUAAAGAGAAAGACACAGACAGACCCAAAAAAAAAAGGUUUUAUUUAUUUUAAAGGAUUCACUUUGAUUUGUAUCAUUCGGUUUUGUUUUGGGCUUUGAAGAGCAAACCGAAAAGAAGCGAAUUAUGGACAAGUUUGCGUUAAUUAUGUGUAAAGAACUUAUACCAUUUGUAUUGUAAGAAUAUAUCAGAUCGGGCGAUAUAUAUAAAUUGAUAUGUAUACAUAUGUAUGUGUAGGACAAACCGCUGGAGGUCUUGGCACUGAAUUUCCAUGAAUCGACUUUCAGUAAAUUCCAAUUAUUUAUGCUAAUUACGUAUUAUCAGAUAUAUCUAUGAACAAAACCUAUUUUGUUGAAACGAAUUGUUAAUGAAUUUAUUUUAAAUUAAUCGAUUAAGCCUUCACGCAACAACCAUAAUAUUUAAAUGAAAUUAUAGUCGAAAAAUUAUAUAUAAACAUAGCGAUUGCUAAAAAUCAAUUUCAAA